CCUGUCGCCGCCGCCUGCGGCCCCUCCACCGCCAACAUCACCUGCAUCCACCGCUACGGCAGCGUGCUGCCACCCUCCUUCUCACGCAACCCCGACCCGAACGUCGGAUACAGCGGGACACUCGUCUCCGACGACGCCUCAUGGGCGGCUCUCGUGCCCACCGCAGACUUCGUCGUCUUCGACAAAGAGCGCGGGCUCGCGCUGCUGGGCGCUGCGCCCCGGAUCACGCACAGCUACAUCCCGCUGCUGAACGUGAUCCACGAGGCGCCCAUCUACGUGGCGGGGCUGAACAAGCUGUUCGCGACGCAAGACGGGCCGCCAGGCAACCUGAGCAACAUCGUCAUCGACUUGAACAACGACCCGCCCACCGUCGAGGCGUUUGUCACGGAUCCCCCGGUCUACCAGCCCACGGGCGGCGUCCUGCAUGAUGGCUACAUCUACUGGGCCGUGCAGGGCAAUGCCGACGCCAACAGCAACGUUUCGCUCCCGGAUGGCACGCCGCUCCAGCAGCGCCCGGGCAUCGUGCGCGUCGACCCCGCGACGUACCGCGCCGAGUGGCUGCUGAACAACUACCACGGGUUCGCGUUCGGCGGGCUGAACGACCUGGCGGUCGACAGCGUCGGGGACAUCUGGUUCACCGACAGCGACUACGCAUGGGGCCUGGGACUCUCCCCAUCCGCGCCCGCGAACCAGCUGGCUACAUACCGCUUCCGGCCCAGCACGGGCGAGGUGCAAGUCGCGGACGCGACGCUGCAGCACCCGAACGGCAUCGCGUUCGCCCGCGACGGCAAGACGCUAUAUGUCACGGACAGCGGCCUGGAGACGGUCGGCGCGCCCGGCACCGAGAACCGCGGCGCCGGCGAUUUCUACGCCUACCCCAUCCGCAUCGAGUUCAGCUCGACAAACGCACGCAACAUCUACGCGUGGGACGUGACACGCCCGGACGGCGCUUCCGGCGUGCCCGUGCUGGCGGGGAAGCGCAACAUCUUCCAGAGCCUCGAGGGGAGUCCGGACGGGCUGAAGGUGGCCGCGAACGGGUAUCUGGUUGUGGGGUCGGGGCUGUCGAACGGGGUGGAUAUUCUGGAUCCGCGAGGUGCGUUGAUUGCGCGCGUGCAGACGAACCAUCCGGUUGAGAAUAUUGCGUUUGCGGGGGACGAUUUGAAGACGCUGUACUUGGUGGGCAUUGGAGGCGUGACGAAGGUCGAGUGGGAUUUGCAGGGCCCGGAU